AUGAUGCUCAUAUCUUGGACUUCGGCAACAAAUUGUGCUCGAUUGUACAACCUUGCGAUAGGAGGACAGCACCCACUGCAAAACACCCCCGUUCCUUGGCAGUUUAGCCUCACAGUUACAUCUGAUCAGGUCUAUGAUGGAUUUACAAUUUUAUCCCUUCUUGAGGACUGUCAACUUCGCCGUCAGAUUUUAAUGGUACCUCAUGGUGGCCCAGCCAAGGAACACAAUGGGAAUCAAUUCCCGCAUUUAAUUACAGGGAACCAAAAGGUAUCCGUUGCAGUGAUUGACGGCGUCACCGUUGGCCACCCAUGCUGUGCUGUUCACAACUGUCACCUUCCUCUAGAAAACAACCGGCAUCGGUUCUGCAUAGCACAUCAAGGACAGGAAGCAACAUGCGAGCACCCUGAUCAUGAGAAGGUCGAGGGUGUUCAUAACGACUGGGGACAAGCACACUUCCAGCUACAGGAAUGCCUUCGCCGUGCUUGUAUAGCCCACCCCAAUGAUGCAUUGGGUGCAGACAUGGUGGAUGCCAGCAAUCUUGUGGAUGGAGAGGAUGUAGUUGAGGCAUUUGAUGUUGCACGAGAUGGGUGGGCGCUUCCUGUGCAAGACCCAACAAAAGACCCAAAAAUCCGUGCUCAGUUUGGACCCUGGGAAACUUUCUACGGCGCAGAAGCCGUCACAACUGUUGUUGAGAUGAUUAAGUUGUUCCAGAAUGUGGGCCUGACAGUCGAUGUUUUCCACUUCAAAUGCAAGCAUCGGAAGAUGGAUACAUUCUGCCAAAUGAAUUGUAACCCUGCGGCUUAUCCUGAGCUCCGGGGUGAGGGCAAUAAAGCUUGGUACUUCAAUUCAUCUAUUGCAGAGCAAAUGAAUGGCUGGCUUGAACACAUUAAGAUAUAG